CUCGGACUCUCGGCUCCUGGGAGCCCCGUCUGCCAGUCUCUGCUGCCGGAGGAUUGGGGGGCCCAGGGCCCAGUGUGGGGGGGCUCAGCCAUCGGGUUCCUGGCUCUGGCUCCGGCCGCCAUUUUGUGACGGAGUACAGAGCUUGGGCCCCUGGGAGCCCAUGUGACUGGCCCUCGGCUGGGAGAAGAGCUGCCCCCGGCCCGGGUAUAGAGGGCUGGGGGCGGGGAGGCUGCUCCCUGGACAGGAAAAAUAACUCAUUGCCCAUGAGAAGUUCUUCACUCUUUCAUGAUCUGUGACCAGCUGGCUGCCAUAAUGGAUGAGCAGCAAGCGCUGAACUCCAUCAUGCAGGACUUGGCUGAACUGCACAAAGCUAGCAGACCUGCUAUAGUCCUGCAGGAAACGGCCGUCUCCAAGUCCACGUCUCCUAAGAAGCAGAAUGAUGUGCGUGUUAAAUUUGAACAUCGAGGUGAAAAAAGAAUCCUACAGUUCCCGCGACCAGUGAUGCUUCAAGACCUUUUUGCAAAGGCGAAGGUUGCAUUUGGGCAAUGUAUGGACCUACAUUACAGCAAUAACGAGCUGGUAAUUCCCUUAAAAACACAGGAUGACCUGGACAAGGCUGUCGAACUGCUUGAUCGAAGCACUCAUAUGAAGAGCCUUCGAAUACUGCUGGUUCUACAUGGCUCCAACCAGACCCCUCCGUUUAAUGACAUGGAGCUGGGGCCAUCUCUGCAGGAUCUGGAUAAUACCGUUUUUGGGCCAGUGGAACGAAAGAGCAAGACGUCUAUUAUAGUUGGUACGCAGAGUGGAGAUCGAACCUCCCCUCCUCCAGGAUACAUUCCAGAAGAAUUGCACCCUUGUGUCCGAAACGGAUCUUUUACAAGCAUAAACAGCGAAGGGGAAUUCAUCCCUGAAAGCAUGGACCAAAUGCUUGACCCUUUGUCUUUGAGCAGCCCUGAAAACUCUGGCUCUGGUAGUUGUCCAUCCCUUGACAGCCCUUUAGAUGGAGAGAGUUAUCCGAAAUCUCGAAUGCCGAGAGCUCAGAGCUACCCAGAUAAUUACCAGGAGCUUUCAGAGUAUGACAUUCCAGUAUUUGAGAAGUUUGGGAAAGGUGGCACGUACCCACGAAGAUACCAUGUUUCAUAUCACCACCAGGAUUAUAGUGAUGGGCGCAAAACCUUCCCAAGAGCCCGACGGACCCAAGCUAACACUUUCCGAUCCCCAGUCAGUUUCAGCCCAACAGAUCACUCGCUAAGUACAAGUAGUGGUAGUAGUGUCUUCACUCCAGAGUAUGAGGACAGCCGCCCGAGGAGAAGAGGCAGCGACAUAGAUAACCCAACCUUGACUGUAAUGGACAUCAGUCCACCCAGCCGGUCGCCACGUGCACCAUCUAACUGGAGGCUUGGCAAACUGCUGGGCCAGGGGGCUUUUGGAAGAGUCUUCCUGUGCUAUGACGCUGAUACUGGCCGAGAGUUGGCUGUGAAACAAGUCCAGUUUGACCCAGACAGUCCGGAAACGAGUAAGGAGGUAAAUGCUCUGGAGUGUGAAAUUCAGCUGCUGAAGAACCUCUUGCAUGAGAGAAUUGUUCAGUAUUAUGGCUGCUUGCGAGAUUCACAAGAAAAGACGCUGUCCAUAUUUAUGGAGUACAUGCCAGGGGGAUCUAUAAAAGACCAGCUCAAGGCAUAUGGCGCACUUACUGAACAUGUAACCCGAAAAUACACCCGGCAGAUCCUCGAGGGUGUUCAUUAUUUGCACAGUAACAUGAUUGUUCACAGAGAUAUCAAAGGCGCAAACAUUCUGCGAGAUUCAUCAGGAAACGUAAAAUUGGGUGAUUUUGGUGCUAGCAAGCGACUUCAGACCAUUUGCCUUUCAGGAACUGGGAUGAAGUCCGUCACUGGGACCCCCUAUUGGAUGAGUCCAGAAGUUAUCAGUGGAGAGGGCUACGGGAGGAAAGCGGAUAUCUGGAGUGUCGGAUGUACUGUUGUGGAAAUGCUAACAGAGAAACCUCCUUGGGCAGAGUUUGAAGCCAUGGCUGCAAUCUUUAAAAUCGCCACGCAGCAAACCAACCCUCAGCUGCCAGCGCACGUUUCGGAGCAUUGCCGGGAUUUUCUGAAAAGGAUUUUUGUAGAGGCCAAACAGAGACCCUCCGCGGAGGAACUUCUGAGGCACACAUUUGCCCAGUAUCACUAGCGACUUGGCUUUAACACCUCUUCUGUUUUGUGGCAGUUUCUCUCCUUUCUUCCAAAGGUGAUGGCACUUUAAAAGCCAAUUGGACACACAAAAGAAUGACAAGAGAGAUUCAUGCUGUCCUCUCGAUUCUAAUCUUCGUGGAGACCCGUAGAUUAUGUUUUUAUUUGUGUAUGUGGACAGGACUUUUUGCGUUCAACACUUGGUACUUGUUUUUAUUCAUGGUACUGCUGCGUUUUUCCCCCAGUCUAAGCACUUUAGUACAAUUUCCAUUCCUUUUCCUCUGGUAAAAAAAAAAAAAAAAUACAAAAAACCUACAGGUACAAAAGGCCAAAACUCCUAGUUGUGAACGACUCGUACAUGCGGAUCUGUACGUUUUGGUUUUGAUCCGAGGCAGCUCUGUUUUGCUUUAUUUUUCUUAGGACAACCAGUGGUACAAUUACACCUGGUUCAAGCAAUUGCUUGGGAUCAGAACUUUAAUAUCUUAAUCAGGUUUGAGUAUCUAUCUCUUAAUCCUGCCUUCUUCUAACUUCACGAUAACCUUAUUAAACCUGCGUAGGAGUGCUACGGUAAUAAGACUGUUUAGCAAAGGAGCCUAGAGGAACCUUUCUAGAACGGUUAAAGGGAAUCUACCACCAUUGUUUUCAAACACAGCCUUCUGUAGUCUAACAAACUUCCUAUAAGGUGCCAAUUUCAUUUUUUUUUUUACUUUUUUUUUUUUUAAAGCUAUUUUAAGUUCCUACGGUUAAGUUCUGAUGAACUGGUUUAUUGUAAUUUCUCACAUUCAAGGAAGAGGGGAACAAUGGGCUCCAAUAUUGCACUAAUUAUGUGGCAUCAGGAAUGAGUUAUGAAAAUAAUCUGAAAAACCCUGAUACAUAAAGGAUAUCUGCUUUCUAAUGCCUAAUCCCACUGGAAUUGGCCAGCAUGUCUGGACAUUUAAUUAAUCCAUCCAUUGAACACCUAGGGAGAAAGGGGAAGGGGGGGGGUUGCAAAUAGGAUUGGUGGAUUUGUCUGUGACAUCGGAGUAGAAAUAUUUAACUACCAGACUUAAUAUGUCUAAACUGCAAUUUAUGCAGAUUUUUUAGGUGACAGAUGUACUUAAAUGACUAUUUAGAAGAGACUAUGUGGUCACUGAGACCUGAUGAGUUCCUCUUGGGUUCUAGAUAAAAGAAAAUGUGUCUAAUGCUUGUUUUACUCCAACAUACGCCAUGUAUUUUUUAAUGUGUAAACACAUUUUCAUUUAGAUUCUCUUUAGGAUUUUACUUGAAAAUUCUACCAAAUAUAUGUUGCAAAGGUU